AUGAAAAAACAACUCUUGAAAUGUGUCUCUGUGUAUCACUCGACACGAGCUGUUUUUGUGAGGUCCAGUUUUGCAUCCGUGUUGCUCGAGACUAGUGUUAAAAAAGGAAAUAUGGUCACAAUCUCUAAAAAAGGAAGCAUUACUUGCAUUAGGGACAUGGUGAGAGAAGAUAGAAGAGAGUAUUCAGUGCAUCCAUCACACAGCAGUACUGCAUCCACAAAUGGAGCAACAACAGAUAUAUUAUUGUUAAGAAGAGAUUUAAUUCCUGUCACUUUGAAUUGCAUUAAAUACAAAUAUGAAAACAAAAUUCCUUUGACCAUGCUUACUGCUACAGACUAUCCUUCAGCAAGUGUCAUUGACCAAACUAAUUGCGACAUGAUUUUAGUGGGAGAUUCUUUAUCAAUGACUGCAUUAGGACACUCAAAUACAACAAGUGUCACAAUGGAUGAAAUGAUUCAUCAUGCAAAAGCUGUCAAACGAGGAGCAAAAUAUUCCUUCUUAAUUGGAGACAUGCCGUUCGGAUCUUACACGACAGAUGAAAAUGCAGUAAAUAAUGCAGUAAGAUUUAUUAAGGAAGCAGAAAUGAAUGCUGUUAAAUUAGAGGGAGGACAACGAGUGGCAUCCAAGAUUAAGGCAAUCGUGGAUGCAGGAAUUGUGGUGGUAGGACAUGUUGGCUUAACACCUCAAUCGUCCAAUCAGUUGGGUGGUUUUAGAGUGGUCGGUUCAAAGAGUUGUGACGAAGCCAUCCAAGUUUGGAAGGACGCUCUUGCUGUGAAAGAGGCAGGAGCAAGUAUGAUUGUGCUGGAAUGUGUUCCUCGCAAAUUAGCUUCCUUAAUCACAAAAGAACUUGGAAUUCCUGUGAUUGGUAUUGGAAGUGGAUCAUGUUCUGGACAAGUAUUGGUGUAUCAUGACAUUUUAGGGAUGUACAGCAAAUUUACUCCAAAAUUUUGUAAAAAGUAUUUAGACUUGAAUCCAACAUUAAUUAAUGCGUGUGAACAAUAUGUGAGAGAUGUGACCGUCCAAGAUUUUCCAGAAAAAUCUCAUACUUUUAUCAUUAAGGAAGAUGUCUACAAAUAUGUUUCAGAGUACAUUGAAAAAGAAGCAAAAGAACUUCGAGAAAAGAAUCCUUUAUAUCCACAUCCUAUUCAAAAAAAGAAAGACGAUGCAUCUAGUCCAAUACCCACCUUCUCAAUGGGAAAGAAGAAAAUUUUAAUAUUAGGAGGUGGUUCCGUUGGAUCUUUAAUGGCUGUUUGUUUGCAACGUUCAGCAGAAAAUCAAGUAAGAGUGGUGAACGGUCGAUCAUGUUCAUCAUGUUCAUUGUCAGUCCAAGUGGAACGAUACGUUAGAGAAAGUCGAGAACUCUCAUCGAACAAGCAUCUCGAAUCGACUCAUAUCCAAUAUUUGACGCAAGAUCAACUUCAGCAACAUUGGGAGAAUGAAAUUGAUCUCUUAAUCAUUGCAGUGAAGAAUCAUUCUACAACGGAAGCCAUUCAGAAUUUUGUGAAAACAUUUCCAAACCUUAAACACAUUAGAAAUGUGGUGACUAUUCAGAAUGGAUUUAACAACAGUGAUGUCAUUAGAAAGGCCUUUUCGACAUUUCAACACAAAAUGGACAUUCCCAAAGUUAUUCUUCCCAUCUAUGUGUACAGUGGAGUGAAACGAUUGGAAGAUCAUGGAAUUGACAAGAAUGAACACAAAAUGAUUUUGGAACAAACAUUGUCUCCAAUCAUCUCCAUCAGUUUACCUAAAAUUCUUAGUGGAACAGAAUUGGGUCAAUUAUUUAGUGAAAAUUCACAAUUUCAAAUCUCCUCUCAACUCUCUCCAACACUUGUCAAUGGAGAGGAAAUUUAUGUGGACUGGAUGAAACUCAUUGUGAAUUCUACAGUUAAUCCUGUGGCAUCAUUGUUUCAAGUAGAAAAUGGAGGUAUCAACCAGAAUCCUCACAUGCAGCAAGUGAUGAAACAAUUGAUUCGAGAACAAUUGGAUAUUCUCAAGUUGAUUCCUGGUGCGAUUCAUUCUCUUGGUGUCACUUGCCAAGAGUUGAAAGAGAAAUCCUUUGAAGAGUGUAUAUUUUCAAAAGUAAUGCAAGUCAUUGAGAAAACAAAAACCAAUCAUUGCAGCAUGUAUCACGAUGUCAGAAAUGGAACCUUAACUGAAAUUGAUCAUCUGAAUGGUGCUUUUGUGGAAUUAGCAAAACGUUUAAAGCUUCCUCCAAGUUCCUACUCUGUAAAUAGUAUGGUGAGUGAAAUUAUUAAGGCUAAAGCAACACAACGAGUGGAUUAA